AUGGCGUCGCCACGAGGAGGCGACGAUGAUCCCAGCCACCUGGCGAACGAGCAGCAGGCUGCUGACGUGACACCCGCUGGAGAGCAAUCUUCGAUGGAUGCGGAAACCCCCCAGGCUUUGAAUAAGGAGUCGAACGCUAGUAAGGGCCGCGCUGAGAAGGGAAAGGGGGGUGGCUCGCGCAAAAAGCGGGAUCCGCCUGGGACGAUCGACGGAGAAGGAGGUGGCGGAGGAGCAAGCGGCGGAGCUGCUCAGAUCGCGGGGGAAGUCGAGGAAUUACCGCGGACAGUGGUGCGGAGAAUUGUUAAAGCCAAAGUGCAGGAGCUGACGCAGCAAGCGGGAGGUUUGGGGGGAGCGGCGGGCGCAGCGGGCGCAGGGGGGGAGGGGUCUGGGCGGAAGAAGGAGGUGCAGGUGGCGAAGGAUGCCCUGCUCGCGCUCUCUGAGAGCGCUAGGGUUUUCAUCCACUACCUGACUGCCACAGCAAACGAUGUGUGUCGCAGUAACAAACGGCAGACGGUGAGCGCCGCCGAUGUGUUAGCCAGCAUUGAAGACAUUCAGUUCCCAGAGUUCCUGCCUGCUCUGCAAUCCACACUGGAAGCUUUGAGGAAUGAGAAAAGUGUGAAACGGAAAGGAAUGUUGGAGAAGCGUGAAGCAGCAGCAGCUGCUGCUGCCGUGGGUGGGGGAGGCACAGAAAAGUCACCAGCAGGGACAGCAGCAGCAGCCACGAAAAGAAAGACUGAUAAGGAAGCAGAAGGGAUCAUGGAAGGUGAAGGAAAGGGCAUUGUAACUGCUGAAGAAUCAGGUUAA